CUAGCUGUGCUGUGUGUGCCUCUAUCAGCUGUCCUGCCUCUAUCUCUCUCUCCCAGCUGUGCUGGCUGUCCCUGUCAGCUGUCCGUCUCUCUGUUAGCUCUGUAGUGAGUGUCCCCGCUGUGCUGCAUGUGUGUGUCUGUGUGUGUCUGUGCGUGGCGGCUGUGCAGUGUGCAUGCAGGAAGGAUCACUUCCGCCCGGCUGCAGGAACAAGAAGUCGGAGCAUCUACCGCACAUCAGAACGAGCUUAUUGUCUGUGUCAUGGGGAGCAGCAGAUGAGCCACUGAAGCGCUCCUUAGUCGCUCGAGGAGGGACCGUCUGUACAGCCUGGCAGUGGAGAGCAGCGAGAGGGCACCGGCAAGGAGGCUGUGAGGAGUGCUGAAGAUGUCCGAUAGUGUGGAUAUUGAAGAAAAACCUCCAGCUCCCCCUCUGAGAAUGAAUAGUAACAACCGCGAUUCUUCAGCAUUGAAUCACUGCUCCAAACCACUUCCUAUGGCCCCAGAGGAGAAGAACAAGAAAGCCAGGCUGCGCUCCAUUUUCCCAGGAGGAGGGGAUAAAACCAACAAGAAGAAAGAAAAGGAACGCCCUGAAAUAUCACUCCCUUCCGAUUUUGAACACACUAUCCACGUUGGAUUUGAUGCUGUUACGGGAGAAUUCACUCCAGAUCUCUUUGGUUCACAGAUGGGCACAGGGAAACUCCCAGAGGGUAUCCCAGAACAAUGGGCACGACUACUCCAAACCUCAAAUAUAACCAAACUGGAGCAGAAAAAGAAUCCUCAGGCAGUAUUAGAUGUCCUUAAAUUUUAUGAUUCCAAAGAGACUGUGAACAACCAGAAGUAUAUGAGCUUUACAUCUGGAGAUAAAAGCGCACAUGGAUACAUAGCUGCCCACUCUUUGAAUGCAAAGACUGCGUCUGAACCUCCUCUGGCACCUCCAGUUUCAGAAGAAGAGGAUGAAGAAGAGGAAGAGGAGGAAGAUGACAAUGAGCCCCCACCUGUUAUUGCCCCUCGCCCUGAGCAUACAAAAUCGAUCUACACCCGAUCUGUUAUUGAACCAGUUGCAUUAACUGCACCAGCUAAAGAAGCCCCCACUUCCCCUGUGACCCCCCAGCCAGAAAAUUCAAACUCAAGCACGAGCACUUUGUAUAGGAAUACUGACCGGCAACGUAAAAAGUCCAAGAUGACAGAUGAAGAGAUCCUGGAGAAAUUACGAAGUAUUGUCAGUGUGGGGGAUCCAAAAAAGAAAUACACCAGAUUUGAAAAGAUUGGCCAGGGGGCAUCAGGUACAGUGUACACAGCAAUAGACAUCGCUACAGGACAGGAGGUAGCGAUUAAGCAAAUGAACCUGCAACAGCAGCCCAAAAAAGAAUUAAUUAUUAACGAGAUCUUGGUCAUGAGGGAAAAUAAAAAUCCCAACAUUGUGAAUUAUUUAGACAGUUAUCUGGUUGGGGAUGAACUCUGGGUAGUGAUGGAAUACCUGGCUGGUGGUUCUCUGACAGAUGUUGUUACAGAGACUUGCAUGGAUGAAGGACAGAUUGCAGCCGUCUGUCGAGAGUGCCUACAAGCCCUGGACUUUUUACAUUCAAACCAGGUCAUCCAUAGAGAUAUAAAAAGUGACAACAUUCUACUUGGCAUGGAUGGAUCAGUAAAGCUUACUGAUUUUGGUUUCUGUGCUCAGAUUACACCUGAGCAGAGUAAACGAAGCACAAUGGUUGGAACACCCUACUGGAUGGCUCCAGAAGUAGUAACAAGGAAAGCCUAUGGCCCAAAAGUGGACAUCUGGUCUUUAGGCAUCAUGGCCAUAGAAAUGGUAGAAGGAGAACCCCCUUACCUUAAUGAAAACCCUCUCAGAGCAUUGUAUCUGAUAGCCACAAAUGGCACCCCUGAACUGCAGAACCCAGAAAGACUGUCGGCCAUAUUUCGAGAUUUUCUUAACCGAUGUUUAGAGAUGGAUGUGGACAGGAGAGGCUCUGCUAAGGAGCUUUUACAGCAUCCAUUUCUAAAACUAGCCAAGCCGCUGUCUAGCCUGACCCCACUGAUCAUAGCAGCAAAGGAAGCCAUUAAAAAUAGCAGCCGCUAGCAGUGCCGUCCACUGGCUGUAUCACCCCACAGAAGAACUCGUCAGACUCAGUAAAACCUCAUCUCUUCAUGCAGCAGGAUCAGAGCUGAUUAACUGGACUUCCAACACUUGGAGAUGCAGCUCGCUACAAGGCACUUGUGUCUUCUUCCUGCCCUUGGAUCCCAUAAACUCCGUUUUUUCUUUUUUUAUGUAGGGCCAGAUCUGCAAAUUUUGGGGGUGUUGGAAACUGGUGCUGUAAACUCGCACCCUAAUUCUGUGCAGAAACUCACCUUGGACUGACUACUUUCAUAACAGACAGUUCAUUUUCUGGUAUCUUGUUUGCUUUGUAUUAAAAGAAAAAACUUAAAGGGUACUACUGCAUUUUCAACAUGCACCACCGUAACAGGCUCCAGAAGGUCCAUAUAGGCUGCCUGUUUUAAUUCUAGUCUGCAGUCUGUUGUCUGUUUCAGCACAGGGUCUGUUUACAUUCAUUAAUUUAAUUAAGAUCUGCAUGUAAACACAACCAUUCUUUAGGGGUAUUAAGGUGAAUUUGUUGAGAAGAUGGUCCAGCUUUAAGAACAGAGCAAGUAAUGCAGUUGGAAUGGUAGUGGGCCAUCUGUUGCUGAACUAACCUGGAACAUUAUGCUUUGCUUUCCUGGCAGUGACAAGGUCAGCAGCCUGAAUCUAUGGCACAAAGUAAAGUUACAGAUACGGUAUGGCGAAGGAAGGGCUCUAGCUAGGUAUUUAUUUAAUUUGCUUUUAUAACGGUACGCACAUCUAAAACACACCUUCUCUUAAUGUUGUCUUGUACUUUAGGGGGCUCUAUGGCUUUUUCUCCAGAAUAUAGGAAACUGAAGUGAUUUAUUCCAUUAGGACCUCUAUGUAUACUCAUUAAGGCUUCUUUAAUACGUUUCCAGCAGAUGCAUGUGUCUUUUUUUACCUUCUUUUGUUUUCUGUGGGAAACAUGAGUUGUGCCUUUCGCCAAGAUUGGUUACCCCCCCCCACGAGUCAUACAUAUUUUAUGGAGGGGCAUUUGUGGAUUAUGUGGGGUACAACCGACAACCACUUUUGUUUU